UUGGUUAUUGUUGUCGCGUAGUCAUCUAGUUAUCUAGAGCUUUUCUCAUUCAGAGAUAACUGAAACAAUUUUCGUGGAAAAGAUACACACCUAUAAGGAGCACGGAAGCUGACUAUCGAUCCAAAUUUUCCAUCGAUGACAAUUUUGGACGCAUAUGAAACGAUGUAUACAAGAGUUGCUGACGAAAUUGAAACGUUGGUGAAAAUUCCGGAUCUGACCAAUUAUUGUCGCGUUUGAAGGGUGGUUUUUCGCGAUUUCCUGUACGAGAUCUUUAGCAGGGAUGAAGAUUGCUGUUUUUGUUCUUGUUCUUCUAAUAUUUGGCAAGCUUCAAGGAACUGCGUGAUGGAAUCCAUUUGUCAAUACGAACCUCAAUUAAAUCGUCACUGCUGCACUCAAGGAAAUAAAUUAGACCCCGUACCUCGGACUUUUCAAAAGCUCAACAGAUGCAUCCGCAAUGCGGCAGUGAAUCGAAGGUGAUCACCGGCGAAUCACGGCGGCCACCGAGCGAACAAGCCAAUAGCAUUGGCCCACCUAUCUCCCACCACCACCACCACCGUAGGAGCUGCUGCUUUUACAGCUCCAACCUCGCGCUCUCCCCCCACUCCGACUCACGUCAGACUUAAAAGGACCGACACGGCUUGAGAGCCGAUCGGUAUGCUACGUACCAGGGACACGUCGACUAUGAUCAUACUGAGUGACGCAGACGACGAAACAACUGAACUUGUCUUUUCGCUCACCAAUCUCGUCGAGGCCGCCAUAAUAUUCGUAAUGGCGGUCGCCAUUAUUGUUACUAACGUCAUUGUGAUAGCAACAUUCCUAAACUUUAGAGGCCAAUCGGAAGUGAUCAACUGUUAUCUACUUUCCCUUGCUGUCGCCGAUCUCCUUUGUGGUUUGUUGGUCAUUCCGUUAUCAGUAUAUCCGGCCCUUGUUCAAAAAUGGGUCUACGGAGAUAUAAUAUGCAGUAUCGUCGGUUAUGUGGAAGUGACGCUUUGGUCAGUAAGCGUUUACACGUUCAUGUGGAUCAGUGUGGACCGAUAUUUGGCGGCUAGGAAGCCCUUGAGAUACGAAACAGUUCAAACAAAAACCAGAUGCCAGUGUUGGAUGGCGUUCACAUGGAUUUCUUCGGCAAUGUUAUGCUGUCCUCCACUUCUCGGUCUUGAUCUGCCGAGGUUCGACGAAGACGCGUACAUUUGCAUGUUGGACUGGGGUAACAUGGCCGCGUACAGUGUCACACUGUCGAUCCUCAUCUUGGGCCCGAGUGUCAUCACAAUUGUGUACACUUACACGUACAUUUUUAACACAAUGCGCAAAAUACGCAGUGGCGUUCACAUGCACGAUAAGGAAUAUUUCACCGCCUUGUCGGAAAAUCUAUCCAAUCCAAGCCAUAUUAUGUCCUUCGUUCUUGUCGUCACGUUCUGGUUGUCCUGGUCACCUCUGAUCACCGUCAAGCUUUACGAGCAUUUUACGGGAAACAAACUGCAAAUUCCUUUUCUACAUUUCGGAAUUGUUUGGGUGGGUAUGCUGAACUCUUUCUGGAAAUCGUUGAUUUUGGUGUCGUUGAGUCCCCAGUUCCGUUUCGCUCUCAGGAUCUUCUGUAUGUCCAUUUGUUGUCGUUAUAGGGGUCGUAUGCAGGCUGAAUUGAUUGGUAUGGAAGCUGACGACUGACUACACCUGUUAUUUGGGAGGGUUUUCCCCAGAUUCCGAUUGCCUAUAACAGGAGUGGCUGUCAGAGACUACGAAUACUUCGUUAAUCAAAUCAGAAGUCGUAUCAAUGAUGCAGCAAAGUCAGGGUAAUAGUACGAGAUACUGUUGAAAUUUUAAACACUUGAAUAUCGUACACCUUGGAUAUUAAUUUUUGAUUAAUGAUCUACAAAGAAACAUGACCCAAACAAACGAAAGUUUAGAUCUUCUGUGUUCACUUUUCUGACACUUAGCAUUCUCAUGUUUUUUUGUUUUUUUUUUUUUUUAACGUCAAAUAGCUUAUAAAAUGUUGCUAAUUAGACAAUCUUGUUAAAUGAAAUGUUUUUAAACGGACUUUAUAAUUUUACCGUAACAAUUGUUGACGUUUUCGGAGUAUUCGCUUGAAACAAUUACACACAUUGUGGAACAGAGAACAACCGUAAUAAGUGUUAAAAGUAUUCUAAAUAGCAAAUAAAUUUGAAUGUGCGUACAUAGGUUCUUUUAGUAAUAGAAUUGGUGUUUUUUCUAUUAUAAUAAAAGGCGUUGUUAAGAGCUAAAUACCUUCGUGUCACAGUGUCAAAUAUCUAUAACUCGAUCAAUAGCAAAAAACAAAGUUUACUAUCAAUUAUAUCGUGAAGAUGCUAAAUAAUAAAAGCUAUGCUUGAACAUAGCGCACGUGUAUAAAAAAAUUAUACAUAAAUAUCUCAAUACCUACGUAGAAAAUAAAUAAAAAAUGAU